AUGCAGUAUGGAAUCGUCGGCUUUGGUGUCUCCCUAUAUCAGGACUUGUGCUGUCAAGCAUGUCAUGACUCCCUCACCUCGCUCUAUUUGAACUGUAGCAUAUUUGACACUGAUAGUGGAAUGUCGGAUAUGGACAUGAAUGACAUGGGCGUGGACAUGCCUAUGGGUACGACUAGCGAUGAGUGCUAUGCGACCAACAUUCCUUGGCUCCAGACUAUGGCGUAUUGUAUACAGCAAAACUGUAACGCAGAUGGCUAUCCCUCAGAGAAGCAAGCCACCUGCUUCAGUCAUCAGGCAGUUGCUGGGGCUUCAGAACCGACUUUCGAAGAUAGCCUUCCUGCCAACGCUCCUACACUCGAACUACCAGAUGAUGCUAUGUGGCUUAACAUGACAAGCCUGGUCAAUCACGAUCUUUAUUACUCUACUCAUGGGACUCUCGGGGAGUUUGCAAGAUCUGAAUAUCUCCACACAACAUAUUCGUUAAUUCUCUAUCUGAUAGUCAUUGGCAUCUGCAUCGGCUGCGGUAUUCUGAACCAUAUUAUGAGCACAUUUCCCAGACUGCAAAAACUGCUGCAGACCUCUAAGCAUUGGACCAAGCUUCGUCGACUUAUAUGGCUUCCUGCUCUCUUCGAAUCUCGGCGGUUAGAGCCGCUUCCUUCCCAACUAGGAUAUGUCCCAAGCAGGGCGCUAAGCAUUUUCAUCUUCGUAUAUAUUGUAUUAAACGUUAUUUUAUCUUCCAUCUCCUUCCAAAGUUUUCAGCCAAACAUUUGGUUCAUGUCCUCAGGAUUUGAAUUCUGCGAAUAUGUCGGAAACCGAACGGGUAUCCUCAGCUUCGUGAACACAAGUAUCGCCAUCUUGUUUGCAGGCCGCAACAACAUUCUGAUUGUGGUGACCGGAUGGAGUCAAUCGGCGUUUCUAACAUUACAUCGUUGGGCCGCGCGAGUCGCUACUGUGCAAGCCGUUGUACACAGUAUCGUGUAUACAUUGGCAUAUUUCGAGCCCGGGUACGAUGGAGCAUCUGCUUAUUCUGCUAAGGCGGCAGAGCCCUUUUAUUGGUGGGGCAUUCUUGCGACGAUAGCCUUUUGCUUGGCAGCAGGAUUUGCCAUGUUACCAUUUCGCAUCAGGUUCUACGAGACCUUUUUGAUACUCCACAUCGUUCUUGUGGUUCUGGCCCUGGUUGGGUGUUGGUAUCAUGUCGUUCCACACUUUGGGUACGAUUAUGGUUACCAAGUUUGGCUCUAUCUUGCGUUUGCUUUCUGGGCUGUCGACCGAGUUGUGAGGUUCGCUCGCAUCGUUUAUUAUAACCGUAUCGGCAGCUCCAAGGCAAUAGUGCAGGCAAUCCCAGAUAGCGGCAUCAUGCAGAUUACUGUUUUCCCAAGGACACUCCGCGGAUUUGGGCCUGGACAGCACAGUUUUCUCUACUUCCUUGGAGUAGGCAAGGCUUGGGAGAGCCACCCUUUCAGUGUUGCGAGCUGGAAGCAGGAGGGACAAGCACUACCGGCGGCUCAUUCGUCUGUGUCUGGGUCCAAGAACGAUGAUGAGACUAUAUAUGAGACCACAACUCAGGCAAUGGCCUUGAACGAGACGGAGACUCGAUGCCGUGCAUCUAUUCGUUUCUUAGUUCGUGCGCACAGUGGAACCACUGCUAGCCUUCGACGUCGCCUCCUCGCAUCCUCUCCCCAGCACAGUAUUGAAGUAUCGGUUUAUAAUGAGGGGCCAUAUGCCGGUCAUCGAGCUACACUUCAACCGUUGUUACUUGCCGAUACCGUCCUAUGUUUAGCGGGAGGCAUUGGCAUCACAAAUGCACUGGGGUUUAUCCACGCAUACACAUUAGCAAACCUCCGGGAAGGCAAGCCAUCAGGAAACACUCAUGGGAUUAUGAGGAAUACGAAACGGUUCAUUCUUGACUGGUCUGCUCGAGAGAUUUCUCUUAUUGUACAUGUCAAACAGAAUUUUCUUACCGAUUUGGAAGGGAUUGAGUAUCACUUCUGGUGUACAGGUACUUCCGAUACUUCUGUACCAAAGGCUGAGAGUUUCAAGGAAGAGGGUCAACAAAGUAGAAGCCCAGCGACGCCGGCAAUACCAGUAAUAAAUACAGGAAGAAUGGACGUUGGGACUGUGAUAAGAUCCUCCGUGGAAGUAGGUCAUCAGACAACCGUAUUGGUCUGUGGCCCUGGUGGUAUGGCGGAUGAGGCUACGAGAGAAGUUGUGAGUUGUGUGAAGGAUGGGUUUGACGUGGAUCUGGUGGAGGAAGCUUACACUUGGUAG